GUUCGGGGGAGGGAGGUUGCUGCUCCUGGACAGAAUUUCGCUUCUUAAAGGUGUACGUCGAAACGAGACCUUAGUGAACUGUUUACGCUCUGGCUGUUUUCCGCCGAUCCCUGGACUUGGCUCUGCGCGGUCUGUGUGGGUAACAGUGCGUCGCCAUGUUCAAGUCAUCGGCUUUCAAAAAGAGGAAGAGGGAAGCUGGGACAGUCACGUCCUGGAUUGAGUCCACUUUCUCGCGGCGCGACUGCUCGCGAUUUCUUCCCAGUACUAAGGACAACAGCAGAUGCUGCUGCGGCAACCUGUGGCAGUACCACAGCGACGGCAGUCCGGCUACGCUUCAGCACACGGUGAAGGGUGACGACCACUGGAACCCGCUGCGGCACACCACGCUGCACCCCACCGACGCCUACGGCACCAUCGAGUUCCAGGGCGGAGCCCACCCGAGCAAGGCGCAGUACGUGCGCGUGGCGUUCGACACGCGGCCGGAGGUUCUGACGCAGCUGCUGGUCUCGGCCUGGCGGCUCGAGCUGCCCAAGCUGCUCAUCACCGUGCACGGCGGCAAGGCCAACUUCGAGCUGCAGCCCAAGCUGAAGAAGGCGCUGCGCCGCGGCCUGCUGAAGGCGGCCCGCACCACCGGCGCCUGGGUUUUCACCGGCGGCACCAACACCGGCGUGACCCGGCACGCGGGCGAUGCGCUGGCCUCUGGCCAGUCUCUGCGGCUGGGCGGCCAGCGAGCCGUCUGUAUCGGCAUCGCGCCCUGGGGCGUCAUCGAGGGACGUCACGAGCAGCUGGUCGGUCGGAACCGUGAGGUGCCGUACCACAUGGCGCAGGGACGCUUCAGCCGGUGCGCGCCGCUCAACAGCCGGCACACGCACUUCAUCCUGGCCGACAACGGCACGGCCGGCCGGUACGGCGCCGAGUAUGUGCUGCGACGCGCCCUCGAGAAGCACAUCUGCAGUCAGCGGGUCAUCUCGCGCCUGGGCCAGGGCAUCCCGUUGGUGUGUGUGGUGAUCGAGGGCGGCACCAACACCAUCCGCGCCAUCUUGGAGUACGUCACGGACACGCCGCCGGUGCCGGUUGUCGUCUGCGAUGGCACCGGCCGCGCCUCCGACAUCGUUGCCUUCGUCCACAAGCACAUGCACAGCGACGCGGGUGGCGCCGCGCUGCUGGAGACGCCGCCGAUGCGGGAGCAGCUGGUGCUGACGGUGCAGCAGACGUUCACCGUGCGCCGCGACCAGGCGGAGAAGUUGCUGGCCGAAGUGGUGCAGUGCUGCCGCCAUCGCGAACUGAUCACCGUGUACCGGUACCAGGAGGGUCUGGAGCUGGACGAGGCCAUGCUGAAGGCGCUGCUUCAGGGCUACCACAUGUGCGCCACUGACCAGCUGAACCUGGCACUCAGCUGGAACCGGGUGGACAUCGCGCGCUCCACGGUGUUCGCCGGCGCUCAUGAGUGGCCGCCGGGCUCUCUGGAGCAGGCCAUGAUGGACGCGCUCGUCAACGAUCGGAUCGACUUCGUCAAGCUGCUGCUGGAGAACGGCGUCAUGAUGAGCAAGUUCCUCACCAUGACCCGGCUGGAGGAGCUAUAUAACGCGAAGCAAGGCCCUGCCAACUCGAUGCAUUACAUAGUGAAGGACGUGGGGAAGACAGUGUCGCGUGGCGGUCGCUACACGCUGAUCGACAUAGGACUGGUGAUCAACCACCUGAUGGGCGGGGCGUACAGGUGCACCUACUCGCGGCGCAAGUUUCGCGCGCAGUACUACGAGACGUUCCGCUUCCGCUCGCCCGUGAUCGUGCGCAACACGAGCGCGUUCCUGCGCGCCGCCGCCUGUGCCGGCACGGCCGUGGCGGCGGCGGCGCCGCUCAAGAUGAGCAGCCCGGCCGUCAACGGCGCCCACCGGGCCGACGCCUCGCCGGCCCGCGCGCGGCCGCAAGACACGUUUGAGUACCCCUUCAGCGAGCUGAUGAUCUGGGCCGUGCUGACGAAGCGACAGACGAUGGCGAGGCUGAUGUGGCAGCACGGCGAGGAGGCGCUCGCCAAGGCGCUGGUCGCUUGCAAACUGUACAAGGCGCUGUCCUGCGAGGCGGCUGAGGAUAACCUGGAGACGGAGUUCUUUGAGGACCUCAAGAGCCACGCGCUCGAGUUCGAGAACCUCGCGCUGGACGUCCUGGAUUUCGUGUACCAGCACAACCAGGAUGUGGCGCAGCAGCUGCUGACGUACGAGCUGCGGAACUGGAGUCGGCAGACCUGCCUCAGCCUGGCGGUGACUGCCGACCACAAGCGGCUGCUGGCUCACCCCAGCUGCCAGGUGCUGCUAGCCGAGCUUUGGAUGGGUGGUCUCAAUCUGCGCCGCAACACCAAUCUCAAGGUGCUGCUGUCAGUGCUCUUCCCGCCGGCCAUGCUGCAGCUGGAGUUUCGGACACAGGAGGAGCUGCGCCAGAUGCCACAGACCGAGGAGGAGCACCUUAUGGAGCAGCAGGGCGAGGAGGAGGACGACGGCUCGGACGAGGACGAUGAGGACCCGACCACCGUCGAUGAGGGCCCUGUCUCCAGCCCGUCGCCGCGCCGGGUCUCGGUCUCUCGCCAGGGCUCUCUGCAGGCCACGGCCUACCCGCCGACGCCGUCCGGCAUGCCCGACCUGCUUGACGGACGUAAGAACGGGCAGCUUGGCCUGCGUAAGAAGAUCUACGAGUUCUACACGGCGCCCAUCGCCAAGUUCUGGAGCUUCACGCUGGCGUACGUUGUGUUCCUGACGCUCUACACGUACGUGGUUCUGGUCAAAAUGUACCCGACGCCGCGCUGGGAGGAGGUGUACGUCACCGCCUUCCUCCUGACCGUCGGCAUCGAGAAGGUCCGCGAGAUCCUAGCCUCCGAGCCCGUCACACUCAGCAUGAAGCUGGGGCACUGGUUUGGUCGGCUCUGGAACAUCUGCGACGCCAUUUUCAUCGUCACGUACUUGUUGGCCCAGCCUCUGCGGUUUCAGCCGUCCACCUUCCGCUGGGGCCGCUCCAUCAUCUGCUGCAACAACAUGUACUGGCACAUCCGUCUGUUCGAGAUCUUCAGCGUGGAGAAGUAUCUGGGCCCGAUGGUAACCAUGGUGGGCAAGAUGCUGGUGAAGAUGCUGCAUUUUAUCAUCCUGCUGGUCAUCAUCCUCUUCUCCUUCGGCGUGUUGCGUCAGUCCAUUCGCUUCCCCAACUCGGAGCCCAGCUGGUACCUGCUGCGCCAUGUGUUUUACCAGCCGUACUUCAUGCUGUACGGUGAGGUGUACGCUCCGGAGAUCGAGCCCGAGCAGUGCGGUGACGGGCCCGGCUUGGAGGCCUGUGAGUUCUGGAUCACCGUCGUCGCCAUGGCCGGCUACCUGCUCGUCGCCAACAUCCUCAUGCUCAACCUGAUGAUCGCCGUCUUCAACAACAUCUUCGCCGGCGUGAACGCGGUGGCGCACGAGGUGUGGAUGUUCCAGCGCUAUCGUCUGGUGAUGGAGUACGAACUGAGGCCGGUCUGCCCGCCGCCGUUUAUCGUGUUCUCGCACCUGUACAUGCUGCUGAAGCUGUGCCUGAAUCAGUGCCGUCGCGACUCGGCCAGCUACGACCGGGGGCUGAAGCUCUUCCUUGACGAAGAGGCGCUCGAAAACGUGCACGACUUCGAGGAAGAGUGCCUCGAGGAGUACUUCCGCCAAAAGGAGCACGAAAGCCAGCACAAGACGGAGCGGCUGGUGCAGCAGACUUGGGAGCGUCAGGAGCUGGCGUACCAGCGGCUGGAGGACGUACUGCUGCGUGAGCGCGUGCAGGUCGAGGCCACACGCCUGGUCGACUACCGGCUGAAGCGGCUCGAGGAGAUGUUUGGAGGCGUGGAACGGCUGGCGCGGCACACCCACCUCAUGCUGCGCCAACACACCGGCCUCGGCGGCAGCGAGAUGGAGGGUCUGGACCGCCUGCGCCAGGUCAGCUCCGGCAGCGACGACUACCAGCCGCCCGGCAGCACCAUGGUGCGGGAGCUGGCGCGGAUCGCGCUCUCCCAGACGGGCCCGCGUCCGCCGCCCUCGCCGACGCUCGACCUGCCGCUGGGCGAGUACCGCAGCAUCACCGACAGUCUGGAGUCGCGCUGUCGCGUCGAGCUCGGCCCUGUGGCGGUGACCUCCGAACAGACGCUGCGGCCGGGCUCGCCCGGCACCCAGCAUCAUCUGACAACGGCCGAGGACGGUGACUAUCAGAUGAUGGAGCUGCUGAUUCAGCGGCGGCUGCGGCGACCGUCGGAGAACCUGGAGGUGUCGCUGGAGGACCUCUCUCGCCUGCUGGGCGAGUGGCCCACGGCCGGGCCGUCUUCCGAGCGCCCCGCGUCUAGCGGACACUCACCGCAGCUUAGCGCGGUACCCGAGGACGAGGACACCGGCCUGCAUCACGAGACACGCUGCUAGUGCGCUCGCAGCCGGCGGUGCGGCGGGCGCGAGCCGGUGCCGCCGCUGACGCUGGCCGGGCUGGGCCGGGCCG